AGAGAGAAGAAGAGUUAUGGAGGAGGCACCGCCUUCAAAACGUCAAAGAGAUGGCGAAGAAACGCUUUCAGGAGCCGAAAAGGUGGUGUUCAACGUGAAGAAGGCUGUGGCGGGUGCAGCGGCUGCUGCCUUCGAUGUGGAGCUGCCACCUACUGCCACCGUCAGAGAUCUGGAAGCCAGCUUGGCUGCGCGAGAGGGGUGCGAGGCGCAACUCAUCACUAUUGUGAGUCGUGGGAAGCCUCUCAAGGAUGCCGACGCCAAGUUGAGCUCCUUUGGUGGCGGAGGUGAGCCAGUGCCAGUGGUGUACAUUGUGCGGAAGCCAGCAGCCCCUGUAGCAGCCCCUGUAGCAGCCCCUGUAGCAGCCCCUGUGGCAGCCCCUGUGGCGGCCCCUGUGGCAGCCCCUGGGGCAGCCCCUGGACCAGCCCCUGGGGCAGCCUCUGGGGCAGCCUCUGGGGCGGCACCCGGAGGCGAGGCAAGCACGACAAACACCGCAAGUUCAGCAAGUUCCGUUUGUGGCAAGCACAGCACCAAGCCAGGUCGCCGAAUCAUUCUGAUGCUGCGCCACGGCCAGUGCUGUCAUGAAGGCGAGCGGGACGAAUUGAAGGAGUUGACGCAGCACGGUCACAAGCAGGCAGAGGACACAGCACGUUUUAUCAGCCAGCUGUUUGCCCUGGGAAAGCUACCAACCAAGCGCGCCUUGCUUCAUAGUACCAGCAGGAGAGCAAGAGAAACAGCUGCCAAGCUUCCAGUCCACAUCCAGGAUCUAGAAGUAUGGAAUGCCGACUUAUUGCGCGAGACGGAUCCAACCGACAAGCCCUUUCGUGCGGAGGAGGUGUUCAAUCGACUCUUCGCAGCCCCGGAGGCUGGGGAUUCCGACGCGCUGGUCAUAGUCGCCCACAAUAACAUCAUUCUGUACAUGCUUAUGCGUGCUGCCGGGGUCCCCAUCGAAAGGGCUGCCCAGGCUUGGAACCUUUUUCAUCUUCGCCAUGCAUCGAUCACACGCGUGGACGUGUUCUCCAACGGGGAGAAGAAGGUCAUCUCAGUCGGCGCCGCCGCCCACAUUGCCGAUACUGCGGUGACCUGGAGGAAUGUCACAGGUGCCGACAUGUCGGCAUGGAAAGGCGGAGGCCCAGAGCGGCACAAGUUCGGUGGACGGAUGGUGGUCUUGGUAAGGCAAGCUGGCGGACAAGGCUCUGACGCCUCUAUCAGCCAGCAGAUCCGUUCCGUGACUGACCACGUCAAAAGCUUGGGGGGCUACAUGAUGUCAGGCAAGGCCAUGGUGGCCUGCACCACGGCGGCUCAGUCAACUGCCACGUCGAUUGCUGCCAAGUUGAAAACGGUGCCGCAGAUACUGCCGGAGAGCAUCGUGCAAGAGCCGGAGGCUGCAUUUCUGCAGUUCUUCACGGUACCCAUCGAGAGUUCUCGGGAUACUGUAGUGAUAGUGGCCGAGGAUGCGCCACUUUUGUAUGUGCUGCUGCGGUCCCUGGGAAUGUCUGUAGAAGAGACCAAAGAAGCACGGGCUUUGUACAGCAUCGGCCAUGGGUCAGUGACGCUGGUCAACAUCAAGAAUGACGGAACCACGAAGGUCAUCACAGUUGGAGACACGUGUCAUCUCCCAAUCAGUGAUAUGCCGGCUUGCUAGCCGGGCUGACGCUUCCUUGCUGAUGGGAAGCGAUCAGGCGGGAGCAGAUAUGCAGUCACAUGAGGUUGAUUGCUGGCGAUGCUGGUGUUGCCGGUUGUGCCAUGUGCCGAGCCUUUACAAAGAGAAAAGCCGGACGAUGUCCAAUGAUCUCACAUCAUAGAAGCAUGCAAGGACAUGCUGCAAAGAGUGCUAGCAGCACACGAAAUGCAGAAAGGUGGCAUCGGGCCACCAAUGGUUGCCCCGCCAUAGCCCCAUGCUGUGC